GCUCCGCACUUGCAAGGAGGCAGCCGGGACCGCCUCGCAGCGCGGAACUUUGGCUCGGGUUUUGCGGCGACUCCCUCUCCCAGCGGGGCCGCGGUGACCCCCGGGCCCUGCCCCCCAGGAUGCGGAUCUCACACUUCCUGGCUUGCGGACUUUCCCUGGCUCUGCUGUCCGUCAGGCUGGAGGCGAGACCGGCAACUCAGCCCCAGCAGAAGCCCCCCCGGAGCUCGCCGGGACACGAGCUGGCGGAGAGCCCGGCCGCGGGCCGCGAGCGAGGGGAGACGGCGGGCGGCGGCGGCGGCCGGGGCUCGGGCUCGCGGCUGCUGCGGGAGCUGCGCGCGGACACCAAGUCCCGGGCCGCCUGGGCCCGGCUGCUGCGCGACUACCCCGGCACGCGGCGGCACAAGGGCGUCAGCAAGAAGGGCCUGUCCAAGGGCUGCUUCGGCCUCAAGCUGGACCGGAUCGGCUCCAUGAGCGGCCUGGGCUGCUAGAGCGGCGACCCCUGGCGUCGGGCUUUGAAUACAUUUCCCCCCCUAUGGCCAUGUCCGGCCACUCCCCAACCGACACCUAGAGGAGCAGAGAACACCGGAAAUGGGACAGACGACGUGGUUGUGUUUUUCUUUUCGGUACGAGGAGUCAUGACACCAGCUGUUUCGGUUUUCUUAUUUUUUUAAGAUUAAAAAGUUCUA